UUUAGAGAGCACGCGAGCAUUAUGCCAGCCAAUAGGAUGUGGUGUUAAUAUGGGAGACUCCUAAGUCAGCCCGUUAUAUUCCUUAUCAAAACAAGACGCAGCCAUGCAACCUAUGAAUAUGUAUAUGGUUCCCAAUCCAGGAAUACCAGGCUGUCCACCGGGAUUAGAGUACCUGACACAGGUAGAUCAACUUCUUAUUAAACAGAAAGUUGAGCUUAUUGAAGCUUUGGCAGGCUUUGAGAGCAACAAUAAAUAUGAUAUCCGCAACUCCAUGGGUCAGAACGUGUUUUAUGCGGUGGAAGAGAACGACUGUCUCACCCGCCAGUGCUGCGGCCCGCUGAGAUCCUUUAACAUCCGUGUCCUCGAUAACAUCGGACAGGAAAUCAUCACAGUCAACCGUCCUCUAAAAUGCAUGUCCUGCUGCUUCCCAUGUUGUCUGCAAGAGUUGGAGAUCCAGGCUCCUCCAGGGAACACAGUGGGAUAUGUUCUACAGCAAUGGCACCCUUUCCUCCCCAAGUUCACUAUAGAGAAUGAGCACAGAGAGCCAGUUCUCAAGCUCCAGGGGCCGUUCUGUGGUUGGAGCUGCCUGCCAGACGUGGAUUUUGAGAUUCUCACCAUGGAUGAAGUUGGCAUCGGAAAGAUUAGCAAACAAUGGACAGGACUUCUCCGAGAGGCUUUCACGGAUUCUGACAACUUUGGGAUACAGUUCCCUAUGGAUCUUGAUGUGAGAAUGAAGGCAGUGAUGAUCGGAGCCUGCUUUCUCAUUGACUUCAUGUUUUUUGAGUCGAAUAACUAACUGCUAUGCAGAGGGUGUCCUGCUCUGUGGAAAUGGGUGAAGAGAGAGGUUUACCUUCUAUGAAACCCCAUGAAAUGCAUGUGAAUAUAAAGGGAAUAACGGUGCUUUUAGAGAAUGAAAAUAGCUUCAGGUGUGUGAUAGAACUGGUUGUGCCGAUUAAAGUGCAUUGUUUUAUAUUUUUAUCUACACGUAACAUUAAUAAAUAGAUUAAUAAAAUAACUCAUGCUAUGAAUGGCAUUUAAAGGAAUAGUUCAACCCCCCCCCCCAGAACAGAAAGUGAAAUGUUCCUUUAAGAGCUGUCAGUACGACUAUGCAUAUUCAAUUCUGCUGUAAUACCUGCACUGAAUGACCAGUAUUAUCAACAGUACUAGUACAACCAGUAUUAUCUUUUACAACACAAAAUUAUAAUUUAUUGUUAAACUGUUUUCAACUCUUAGUUUUAUUGAUUAUUUCACAAAAACAUAUAUUUUGCAUGCAAACAGCUAAACUGUUGCUCAAAAUGUUCAUGAAUGUAGUAAUUUGUUAUUUAUUGUGUUAUUUAAUUUGCUUAUAUAUUGUUUGUUUGUUUGUUUAAUUUGUAGUGUCAACAAUAAGCUUAUAAAUAUGAUUGUUUUUUUAAAGAACUUCUUUCGUUGUACUCAAAUUCUCCAGAAGAGGGCAAUGCUGAUCUUUACUGUAAGUAUAUAAAAUGUCAAUGUUUUAGGUUCUCUAGGUAAGAUAUUCAUUGUUAUUAAGUGUUAAUGUUUGUUAUGACUCAGGUUUGCAAUUUAGGCAUAUCUUCAUGACGCUACAUGAAUGCCUGUUAUAGUUUAUGUCUGACUAAUAGAAGGUAUUUCUAACAAGA